CCUGAUGCUGACAUCAGAGCAGGUGGGGGUGGGGGCUGUAUAAAACCCCUGGGAGGGGGCAGGUGCAACCAGGUCACUUCCACAGGUCAUUUCUGCAGCUUCCACCACAUCAGCGAUGGCUUCUACCGGUCUCCAGAUGCUUGGGAUGGUGCUGGCUCUCAUCGGCUGGAUUGGUGCCAUCAUUGUAUGUGCCCUGCCCAUGUGGAGGGUGACGGCGUUCAUUGGAAGCAACAUUGUGGUGGCGCAGAUCAUCUGGGAAGGAUUGUGGAUGAACUGCAUUGUGCAGAGCACUGGUCAGAUGCAGUGCAAAGUCUAUGACUCCAUGCUGGCGCUGGCCCAGGACCUCCAGGCUGCCCGCGCCCUCUGCGUCAUCUGUAUCCUGGUGGCGCUUGUCGCUCUGCUAAUCGGCAUUAUUGGCGCCAAGUGCACAAACUGUGUAGAGAAUGAGAAGACCAAGGCCCGGAUCUCCAUGGUGUCUGGCAUGGUCUUCAUCGUGGCCGCCAUCCUCCUGUUGAUUCCAGUUUGUUGGUCAGCCAACUCCGUUAUCCGUGACUUCUACAAUCCCCUUGUGACUGAGGCUCAGAAGAGGGAGCUGGGGGCUUCUAUCUAUAUCGGGUGGGCUUCCUCGGCUCUGAUGCUGAUAGGUGGUGCACUUCUCAGCUGCUCAUGCCCCAAGAAAGAUGAUGUCGCUUACUCUGCCCGGUACACCGCCGCCUCCUCUCAACCCCGCAGUGACUACCCCAGCAAGAACUACGUCUGAGAACCGGCGUGGACGGAGGACCCUGCACGUUUAGUAAUGUUCCUCCAGUUAUCGCUCAUGAACUGUAAGGGGGGGGGGGGGCUUCUGUGAUGUGGUGACCCUGUACCGCCCGGUUCUGCUGGGCUUUUUAUAUAAUCUUAUGCCUUGUUAAUAAACUUUCUUUUGUUUUGUA